AUGGUCGAUAUCCGUCCAUUGCUACAGAGGCUCUGGCCAGAUCCAUCAGCGGCAAAAGUUACGGCAAGGGAGAUCGCCGAUGCCAUUGCCUUGAUUUUCACCAACAAUCUCAGCCCAGUGCAGUCGGGUUCACUACUCACAGCCUUGCAUUUUACUGGGUGGGACCGUAGAGCAGAUGUCUUGGCUGAGGCUUCAGCUGCUAUGCGCAACGCAUCGGCGCCUAUUGAUUUUAAAACUCUCAACGAGGUUAUCGAGAGAAAGGGAAGGAAAGAAGGCCGCUACUAUGGCGGUCUCUGUGACAUUGUAGGCACCGGUGGUGACUCGCAUAACACCUUCAAUAUCUCAACCACUUCGUCCAUCCUGGCUUCUACGCUUUUGCAAAUGGGCAAGCACGGCAACCGUGCCUCAACCUCCAAGUCAGGAUCAGCUGACUUACUCAUGUGUAUGACCCCACGGUCCGCUCCGCUGGCUCGGAUAACGCCACAAACUAUUGCCCAAGUCUACGAGAGGACUAACUAUGCCUUCCUCUUCGCACCUGUAUUCCACCCAGGAAUGAAGCACGUGGCUCCUAUCCGCAAGGAACUUGGCUGGCGAACGAUCUUCAAUCUGCUUGGGCCCCUGGCCAACCCUCUCCACGAUGCCAUUGAGGUUCGCAUGUUAGGCGUCGCACGUGACGAUAUGGGUCCUGUAUUUUCCGAGGCACUUCGCAUCUCGGGCUGCAAGAAGGGCCUCAUUGUGUGCGGUGUAGAACAGCUGGAUGAGGUCUCGUGCGCCGGAGAGUCCCUAUGCUGGCAGUUGGUGGAGCGUGCAGAUGGGAUUGUCGAGAUUGAGCACUUUACACUUUCCCCAGAGGAUUUCGGUCUUUCAAGACAUCCACUGAGUACAGUUUCGCCUGGGAAAGAACCCCACCAAAACGCAGAAAUUCUGAGGAAGAUCCUGGCCAAUGAAAUGCCUGAUGACGAUCCCAUCUUGGAGUUUGUCCUCAUUAAUACAGCUGCCCUCUUUGUUACUAGCGGUAUUUGUGAGGCGGAAACGAGCGACAUGGGCUCUGGUGAUGAUGGCAAUGUCAUCACGGAACGCGGCCCCGGAAACGGUCGCUGGAAAGAGGGCGUCAGACGAGCUCGCUGGGCCAUCAAGAGUGGCGAGGCUUGGAAGCAGUGGGAAAAUUUUGUAGACGUGACAAAUAGCUUCACCACAGCCUGA